AAAGACCGUUGCUUUGAUUUUGUGAACCGUUGAGAAGUUUUACUCUGAAAUAGUGUGAAAUAAGUUAUAAAACGUGUGUAGUGGUGAUUUUUAUACAAAAUGAAGUCCGCAAAAUCGAAACAGAAGUUAAAUGAGCUGCGUACACCGGCCCGGAGUAAACAAAAUUUGGCUCCGGGUGAAAGGGACCCUGUGCAAGUAUUUUGCCGAUUACGACCCAUGCAAAGAGACUCAGAUAUAUCGUGUAUGAAGAUAUUAUCUCCUACCACAGUAUUACUCACGCCUCCUCCGACAGCGUUGAGUUAUAGGAACGAGAAUAUAAAAUCUAUGAAAUACACUUUCAAAGAAGUAUUCGCGCCUGAAGUUGGUCAACAAGAAGUCUUCGAUAAAGUCGGUUUACCAUUAGUAGAGGGUCUAGUUAAAGGUAAAAAUGGUUUACUAUUUACCUACGGAGUCACUGGCAGCGGUAAAACAUUCACAAUGACCGGUGAGCCUCAAAAUUGUGGCGUUUUACCGCGAGCCCUUAACAUUAUAUUCAAAACGAUAAAUGACUUACAAGCGCACAAAUAUGUGUUCAAACCAGAUAAGAUGAACAUGUUCGACAUACAGUCUGAAGCAGAAGCCAUGUUGGAGAGGCAACAGGAACUACACAAGUUUAAAACAGGCAAAAAGAACAACUCAAACCCAGAUUUAGCUAUGUCAUCAAAUGAUGUUACUAAAAUCGAAGGAGUAAACGAAGACAACCAAUACGCAGUCUUCGUAACUUACGUGGAGAUUUAUAACAACAGUGUCUUCGACUUACUAGAAGACGGGCCACCAAUCUGUAAGAAUUUACCUGUGAAGAUUAUAAGAGAAGACGCUGCACACAAUAUGUAUGUCCAUGGGGUCACCGAAAUUGAAAUUAAAUCUGCCGAAGAAGCGUUUGAUGCUUUUUACUUGGGACUGAAAAGGAAACGUAUGGCUCAUACAAAUUUGAAUGCGGAGUCAAGUAGGAGCCACUCCGUCUUCACUAUAAGACUAGUGCAGGCACCGGUUGAUGAAAUAGGAGAGUCCGUUAUCCAAAACAAGAAGUUUCUAUCAAUCAGUCAACUGAGUCUCGUUGACUUAGCAGGCAGUGAACGAACAAACCGAACAAAGAAUACUGGGCAACGACUCCGUGAAGCUGGUAAUAUCAACAAGUCCUUGAUGACGUUAAGGACUUGCUUGGAAGCGUUACGGGAGAACCAAAUCAACGGCACUAACAACAUGGUGCCAUAUCGCGAAUCUAAAAUCACUCACUUGUUCAAGAAUUUCUUUGAAGGUGAAGGUCAGGUCAGGAUGAUUGUCUGUGCUAAUCCCAGAGCUGAAGACUAUGAUGAAACUCUUCAAGUGAUGAGGUUCGCCGAAAUGGCUGCAGAGGUGGAAGUCACUAAGCCACAAAUACAUGAUGUUGCCGCUUCAAUGGGACUCAUGUCUGGAAGACGUAAAGCAAACAGACUGUUCACGGCAGCCAGAGAAAACAUUAUGAGAGCUGAAGCUAAAGAUCUAGAGUUAGACCUGGGUCUAGUCUACAGUCUAGGCCCUGACUUCCCAAGUUUAGAGUUGAACAGUUCCCAAGCAGCUCAUAUUAUCAAAGAACUGAUGGCCCAUUUGGAAAUGAGAAUCAGCCGUCGCGAGACUUUGAAGAGAAGCAAGGCAGUCAAAGACGAAAGGCUCCGCUCUGCUCUCCUGGACUUAGAGAAGGAAUCGUUAGAAGUGCGGAGUGAGAACUCCUCUUUAAGAAACCAGCUAGUGGCAUCAGAAAGAAGAAUCAGAGCUUUAGAAGAACGCCUAACUUCGACGGAAAACGCGUCGCUAUCCCAUCAGCGAAAGUUGGCAGAAAUGACAGAGUACACGUCUUCUCUAAAAAGAGAACUACAGGAGAAAGACUUGCUUCUAAACCAGAAUAAACUUGAGAAAGAGAAGCAGAAGAAGAUUCUAGAACGGAAAUACAACUACAAAAUCGCCGCAGAACAUGAGAAGGCGAAGGAAAUAAAUACAGAAGCCGAGCGUUUAAGAUUCGCUAACGAAGAGAAAGAAAACCGCCUUCGGAUCAUAGCCCAAGCUUUAGCAGUAGGAGACAAUGUAGAAGCUCACAGGAUUACAGGAGACAUGGCCGCUCAGACUAGCGUCAAAGACUUCACGCCAGGCUCAACUCCUAGAGCUUUGCCAGCCCAUUUACUGACUCCAUUCAGCCAACAAACUCGGGAGACUAGAGAAACUAGGGACACCCCAGCGUCUUCGAGACGAGGAGUGGCCGUAGCCAACCCCAGACACCGCAGAUCGUUAUCAGCUGACGGGAAAGGAUGGGUAGAACACGCGCCUAGCAAGAUGGUCCCAAUGGGAACCGUUUUAAAACCAAGUAUUCACAAUAGCAAAGUUGUCAACAAACUUAAGAGCGUGAAAGACAUCGCGAAUUCGAAGACUUCGAAAUACUGUCUGAUUUCUCAAGAACAGGACACUGAUGGGGAGUUGGAAACAAAAUUGUAUAAAGGAGAUGUGGUCCCAACUUGUGGCGGAGGCGCCCAGGUGAUCUUCAAUGAUGUUGAAAUGCUGAAGCAGUUUUCUCCUAAUAGGGAAUCAGUGUCGACGAACAGAGUGUCUGGGUCGUGUGCCCGUCACUCCGCCAAGAGAAGGGACACCGGCUGUUCGCCACCGCAAACUCCGUCGAAUACGAGCAAAAAGCAGAGAGUUGAUGAUGAUUAAUGUAUAAAUAGAUAACUAAAAUAUAAUCGUAGUUCAUAUUGUUCAAAAAGAUUGAAUUUCGAGCCCUUUUUAGAGGUAUAAUACUUUUUUCCUCAAGGUUUUUCAAAAUCAACACAUAACAAAAAUACAUUUAAAUUAUUCUGAGCAUUUGAAAAGUCAUUAUUUCUCUUUAUUUUUAUAAAGGGUGAUAUUUAUUGUUAUUACCAUUCUUCACAAAAAGUAGACUUAGUUUUCACUACAGUUAAUUCUAAAACUUUUUGAACUAGGUUUAUACAUAGAUAUGUAUCUGUUAAAGUGAUUUUGUAACUGACUUAUAAUUUUUGUUGUUUUCGUAAAAACUACAUGUAACACUAGUGAUUAAAGUUUAUUUAACUGUGAUCAAACCAUUAAUAAUGUUAAUGAAAACAAAUUCCUGUGAACUAUGCAGGACAAAGUACUAUUUUAUAUUUUUGUGAGGUGCGAGAAAUGAGGAUGUACUAAAUAGGUGCCUUUGCAAUGGCUAACUUGUUAAAUGAAAAAUGGCGACCUC